AUGGUUAAAAUAAGUGAAAUUAAUCGUACUUCAACAUUUGCAUGGAGUCUGGACAGUCUUCCAUUGUUAGCCACUGGAACAGUUGCGGGAGCCGUUGACAUUGACUUUAGUUCCUCAGCAACGUUGGAGAUAUGGGACAUAUUUUCACCAACUAGCAAAAACGAACCACUUUUCUCAGCACCUGUGGAGAAUAAAUUUUACGCAUUAGCAUGGUCAAAACCAUUCGAUGGUAGAUCAAGCGGGUUGUUGGCAGGCGCUUUUGAAAAUGGUAUUGUUGAAUUUUGGGAUGUGGCCACAUUGAUCAAGACCAAGGACCUCGCUAAAUCCUCUGUCCAUAAAUCCAACAAGCAUACUGGUGCUGUCAAGUCAUUACAGUUUAACCCCAUCCAACCUCAUGUACUUGUCACUGGUGGUUCCAAUGGACAAAUUUUUGUAUGGGACACCAAGAAUUUCAGCGAACCCUUUGCACCAGGUCAAGCAAUGACACCGAUGGAUGAGAUAAGCAGUGUUGCUUGGAAUAACUCAGUGAGCCACAUUUUUGCAAGCACCGGUAACAGUGGUUAUACCUCCAUUUGGGACCUUAAGAGUAAAAAAGAGGUUUUGCAUCUCUCAUACAAUGGGCCUGGUGGAAGAGCAAACUUUUCCCAUGUUGCAUGGCAUCCUACAAAAUCUACGCAAUUGGUUACUGCAAGCGAUAAUGAUUCCUGUCCAUUAAUUUUAACCUGGGAUUUGAGGAACUCUAAUGCACCAGAGAAGGUCAUUGAAGGUCACAAAAAGGGUGUUCUAUCAUUGGACUGGUGCAAGCAAGAUGCGAACUUGUUGAUCUCAUGUGGUAAAGACAAUGCUACUAUAUUAUGGAACCCAAUUGAAGGCAAAAAGUUGGUCGAGUAUCCAACUACUGCAAAUUGGGCAUUUAAGUCUAGAUUUGCUCCAUCGGCACCAGAUAUUUUUGCCACGGCUUCAUUUGAUGGUAAGAUUACAGUCCAAACCAUUCAAGACACGUCACCUCCGGUGUCAUCAAAAGUUACUGCCUCCAACAACGAUAAUGACUUUUGGAACGAAAUUUCUGUCACCGAAACUCAGCAACCAGUUUUUGAAGUCAAGCAAGCACCGGGAUGGCUUAAAAAUCCAGUUUCAGUAUCUUUUGGAUUUGGGUCUAAAUUGGUCAGCGUUGAAAGUGUUAAUGGAAAGUCUAUCGUGAAGAUUGAAAAGUAUCUGGCUGGGUUUAAAAAAGAAGGCACCGAUUUUGAAAACUUAAAAAAUGACAAGUACGAGUCUAUCAUUGAAACAAGAUUGAAUGAUGAUACAGUGAAAGGUAAAAAUCAUGCAGACUGGGAAAUUUUGGAGACAUUUUCGAAAAAAGGGAAAGAUGAAUUUUUCGGAAAUGAGGAUGGGAAAGAAGAAAACAAGAUUGAAGAAAACAAGAAAUCAGGAAACGAUAAUGAUUCUCACAAAGAUGCCGGUAUCAACGUAGACGGUGAUGCGGAUUUCUUCGAGCACCUUGGUAAUGGCAAGGUGAAAUCAAGUGAUGACGAUUAUGUUCCUUCUGGAAACUUUUCCAUCUUCCGAUCAAAUGCGUCUGAAGCCGAUAAGAAAUUGAUUAACUUAAUUUUGAGCAACAGGAUUGAAGACGCGGUGGAGUCGUCGUUGGAUCAAAAGAAAUUAGUUGAAGCGUUGGUUUUAGCGUUAGAUGCGUCUGAACAAGUCAAACAAUCUGUGAAAGCCGCUUAUUUCAAGAAGCACAAAGAGGAUAGUUUAGCCAGGAUUAUCUACAAUGUAUCGUCCAAAAACGUUACUGAUCUUGUGGCACAUGCCAAUGUUCGUGAUUGGAAGGAAAUUGCAAAAGGAAUUAAGGCAAUUGCCCCUGACUCUGAAGAGUACAAUGAUAAGAUGUCUGAGUUGGGAGACCGUAUUUUGAACGCAAAUGAUGGAAAUAGGGAGGAUGCCAUUACAUGCUAUUUAGCAGGUGGUGCUUUAGACAAAUUGGCGAAUCUCUGGUUGCAAGAAUUACCAGAGUACGAGUCGGAGUUAUUGAAAUCUGAUGCUACAAAGGUUUCGUCACCUUCUGAAGCACGUUUGCAUGUUUUAACAAAUUUCGUCGAAAAGGUUGCCACUUACAAAUAUCUUUCCAAGAUAGGUGGUGCUAUUGCUGGUCCGCUGGUUGAACCAAUUUCAAAAGCCUUGUUGGAGUUUGUAAAUCUCGUUACCGGCUCUGGUGAGUUUGAAUUGGCCGAAAAAGUUUUACAACUAUUACCUAAUGAACUCGCUAGUGUUGAAAAAGAAAGAAUAUUAAAGGCCACUGGAAAAGCUGUAAAAACUACAUCCGGUACUGGUGUCAACAAGUCAUCUUUGAGGGCUACUUCAAGUGAGCAAAAAGUUCCAAGACAACCUUCUGUUGCCAAAUCUAGAACUCAGUACCCAUCUGCACCCAGUGCUGGAUUACAACAGUUUCAAACUCCUCCAGCUCCUACUCCACAACCAACGGGAUUUCAAUAUGCAACUCCUCCAAUGCCACAACAGGCUCCGACGGCCUUUACGCAACAGGGGUACCCGUCUUCAGUACCUAAGUCAACAAACCCUUACGCCAAAUCGAACCCGUAUGCGCCUACAAACAUCUACAAGGCAGCAUCCCCCGUUUCUACUCCCGCCGCAUUGAAUCCAUCAGGAGUGACUCCCCCACCACCCCCAGCAGGUACGUCUUCGGCCCCUAAAAGCAACAAGCUGGAAACAGAUGGAUGGAAUGAUUUACCAGAAACAUUCAAACCAAAGACAACUGCUCCGCGUAGGGCCGCUGCUGCUGCUGCAGUUGCCACUCCUGCACCUGUUGCUGUAGCCUCUCCAUCCGUGCCUCCAUUACCAAAUCAUUCGAGCCAAACAAGUUUCAAUAACUCCUUUGCCCCACCUAAGAGAACAAUCUCGACCACUGGUUUUGCUCCGCCACCGAAAAGUAGUAGCCGCAGUGCAUCUAGGACUUCAAUUCCAACUCAGCAAGUGCCAUCACCAAAACCUACUCCAACAACAAAGUAUGCUCCACCCCCAGGUACCGAACAGCCUUCACAAGCAGGAAUCCCAAAUUUUGGUGCGCCUCCAACAGCUGCCACUUCCCCUCUUACUGCCAAGAACCCAUAUGCCCCAACGAAUGAACCAGCACCAGCAAAAGUUCCAUUUGCAUCUCCCCCUCCGUUAGCUUUUGGAGCACAGCCAACACCACCUGCUAUGCCACCCAAUAAUCCAUAUGCGCCACCUCCGUCAGUGAAAAAUAGCUCGCCUCAAGUACCUCAUGCAGGAGCACAUGAAGUGGGUUCAAGGUUUGGAGUUGCUGCUCCACCUCAACAACCGUUUGGAAUAAGCCUGGGCACCCCGGCUCAGCCACCUUUUGCAUCAGUUGCACCACCUCCAACAGGUCCCACGCGUCCUCCAGUGUCAGUGAAGGAGCAACCACCGGCAGCCAGCGUCUCCCAGCCAGCUCCGGCACCUGCCAAACACCCUCAAGGUGAUAGAUCGCAUAUCUCUGAUGAUUUGAAACCAAUUUACAGUUCUUUAACCAAUGUCAUUGAAGCAAUAAAACCGAACAUUCCCGAGAAAUUUGCUAAACAUGGUGCUGACAUGGAGCGGAGAUUAAAUAUUUUGUUUGAUCAUUUGAACAAUGAUGAUUUGAGCAAGCCUCUUACUGAUUCUUUGAAAGAGGUUAGUUCAGAGUUGGAGAAUAAGAAGUUUGCUGAGGCAGAAGCUAUCAACGUUGAAAUUGCCACAAACUUUACUGAUGAAUUGGGAAAUUGGCACACGGGUCUCAAGCGUCUCAUUACUAUGGCAGGAGCAAUGUAUUAG